UGCGCCUCGGAAGGUCUCUUUUCCCGAGUUGGGAAGUCGGUGCUCUGACUUCGGCGUCAUGUUCCAUCAUAUGCAGGUUAAUUAUUCAACGUCUGUAUGGCUUGUGAGGGACGGCCAACGCAGUUCACAUGUGACACACGUGUAGCAUUUGACCAAACAUCACACUGAAAGCUUAUUAUUUAGAAGUUAUUCUAAUGUUAAUAGGUUUAAUGCGUCUGACGUCAGUAACUCAUCAAGCCGUGACCCAACCAGAAUUUUCACCGACUUCACGAAUUGUUGUUCCGAUCAGAAGUGCCUUCCGGUUAAUUUUCCGAAAUCGGCAACUCAUUUUUCCGAUUAUCCCUACACCACGUGAAUGCACAGUAAUUUCACUACCGGUGCUAUCGUGUUUUUGCGACUGGACACAUCCGUGCUCAACAUAUCAAGCAGUUGCGAGCAGCUAACGUCAGUGGCCCAGCUGCGUGUUGGAGGUUGUCUUUUUUUUUUUUUUUAAACCGUUGUACACCAGUGCACUGACGGAGCUGACGGGCAUGGCGAAGAGACGCGCCGAGGACACGCUGCUGCAUGGCUCUCCCUCCAAAAGAUGCCACCGAUCACUUCUGGAGAGCGCGCCUCCGGCAGCGGUCGGGGGUGUGAGCAUGAGCCCUCCGUCACUGCUGGCUCUGUUGGGCAGCCGCUGCAAAAAGAGGCCGCACUACUUCGAAGACCCGGAGCAGGAAGAAGAAGAAGAAGCAGCAGCGGGUCUCUAUCGCAGGACCACACACUGCGACACGAGGAAGCAUGCGGCCGAUGUUGUGACGACGCAGACUUCUGGAAGUUUCCAGGAACGUCACGACCCCAGUGCAACCACGAGCCACAAGAAACGACCUCGAGAGGACUGCGUGGACUCGGAGACUGCGCCUCCUCAAGCCACUGAUCCAGCAGCAGAUGGAGACACAAACACCGAAGACUGCGCUUUCAACUCCUUCCAGUACUGGAGGCCUCCCUUACCCGAGCUUGACCUCUCACUGCUAGACAGCAAUUCCCAAACGGAGCAGAAGUCAAAGGUCAAAGACGCUCCCUCCGAUGUCAUGGAGACCUGAAGUCGAGGGCCGUGCGCACGUCAGCCCGGCAAACAUGAUGAUGAAAAUGUGAUGCUCGCCAGCAGGUCAGUAGGUUAGGGUCGCCCGACUUUUCAUCCAGGUGAGAUGCGACAACCCGGUGAUGCAGACCGCCCUGUCGUUAGCCCGGUCUGACUGAUUUACAGGCUGUAUUAAGGGAGCUAUUGAAAGAUCAAUGACUUGGGUGAAGCAACAAUAAGAUCUGCACUGAUACAGUACUACAAUAAGGAUGCAUGUGUUUGUUUUGUGGUGAAAAUGCGGCAGUAUUUUAUAAACAAGUUCAUACUGUAAUGUUGUUAAAGCAAUUUGGUGUAACUCAUCCCGUAUUAUGUGACUGGCAUCGUAGAUGUUAUGGGAAACAUAGACUUGGAGUUCUGCUCUCGCACUUUUGUCACGUGUCACAAGUAUAUUCCAGUGUUUUUUUUUUUGGCAAUAAAUACAGUUUUCCCGA